AUGAUUUCGAAUCCAUGUUUUUAUAUUGACGGACCUGGAGGAUCUGUAAAAACAUUUGUGUACACCACACGUUAUCAUCUUCUGAAAAGUAAAGGAAAAAAAAUCUGUACCAUGGCGUUUACUGGUAUAGCAGCAAUAUUAUUGCCACAUGGAAAAACUGUGCAUAAGACCUUCGGUAUGCCUGUUCCUAUUUUUUCAGAUUCAGUGUCACACUUUAAAUGUCAAUCGAAGGAUGCAAAAUAUCUCAAAGAAGCAGAUAUUUUCAUUUGGGAUGAAGCUCCAAUGGCACCAAGGUAUGCUUUGGAAUUAAUUGAUAGAACAUUGCGCGACUUUAUGAAAAGUGAUUUACCAUUUGGAGGAAAAAUAAUGCUUUUAGUUGGAGACUUCAGACAACUCUUACCAGUUAAACCAAAUGCUACUCGAUCCGAAUUGGUUAAUUUAUGCAUCAGAUUCAGUCACCUGUGGAAAAAUUUUCAAGUUUUUUCAUUGACGGAAAAUAUGAGAACCUUGCCAGGAGAAGAGAAAUUUGCCAAAUAUUUGUUGUCCCUUGGCGAUGGUCUUCUCAAUGACAAUGACAAUAAUAUAUUAGCCCCAGAAAAAUUGCGUAGCUCCUAA